UCGAUAGAUUCUAUAACGUGAUUUGAAAAAGGAAAAUAAAAAUGAAAAUUGUAAACAAUGUGUCAUCCUAGUUUGAUUAUGUCUCAUUAAUUGUCAUUCUUUUGCUUCAUAUAUCCUAAUUAGAAGGCAUGGUUAGUUUAGGAAAGGAUGUCAGAAGUGUCGGGGGAGGACAAUCAUUCAAUUCAAACUCUCCUCAAUUUUUUGAUGAAAAUGAUGAGGCAUCACUAGUAUCAAGUGUAUUAAUUUCAAAUGAAGAACCUAAUUAUAGACGAAUACCUAUAACAUGGGUUAUUGUAUUUGAAAUUCUUUUUACUAUUGGUUUGUUAGCCUCUCCUUUUAUAGUGCCAUAUUAUACAGAAGAUGAUGCUUGUUAUAUUCUGAAUUGUGUGCAUGCAUGCUACUGGUGUUUAUUGUUUAUUGCUAGUGGUUAUAGAAAUUAUCAUCACAAUUAUAUACAAAGAUGUGGUUACUUAGAAUUCUUCAGAAAAACACAGCUGUUGCAAAGAAUACCUUUAAUUGUUCCAUCUCUUGGAAACACACUGUUAAUUGUAGUAACAUCAAUCUUACAAAAGUAUUGUCCAGAUAUGAAAAGGUGUCCUUCUGAUGGAAGUUUAUAUUGCCAUAAUUAUUUGCAAAUUAUAUUUGGCAUUGAAGCUUUUAUCCUUUUAGCCUGUCUUUUUAAAUAUCUUUAUAUUGUAAUCCAGUUUAAUAAAAGUAAAGCUAUUCCCGAUGUCCAGCAGGAUGACCUUUUAAUAAGUUAUGUUCAAUCAUAUGCUCCCACCAAUGAAGUAGGAUUUAGAGAUGAAGAUUACAUGGAAGAAAUUCUUGAAAAACAGGCAGAUAUGAUUCGCUAUUUGAAACAACACAGUAAUAACUUGAGUAGAAAAGUUAUGAAACUGAAUUCACAGCUUGAAAGCUACCAAAAUACUGUGCAGAGAUUCUAAAAGGCUUGAUUUCUUACUAUCUAAAAGUAUUGGUGCUUUUGAGAUCAAUCUGUGAUAUCUAUAAUCUCAGACCUGCUUUACAGUACUUCAUUGUACUGAUUAUUAUUUUGUAUUCAUUCUCAUUUUCUUCAUUGCUCAAUCAUUGAUUUGUUUUGUAAUUCGUUUGAAAAUAAAAUGUAAGGAAAGUUUAAAA